UAAUGCGGAGCCGUUGCUGCCGUCUUCGACAACAAAACGACGUUCAGAUCUGCUCGUAAACGAGCGAGGAGAUCUAACGGACAGAGAUGACUCGUGGAAGAACAUCUAUCCUCAUAUUGGGAUGCAUAGGAACCUUUCUGCUGCUCUUCGGCAAUGCGGUCGCGGAGAUUACGGAAGCGUCCACUGUGUCAGAGAAAUCUGAUUCGCAAAAGGCAUCGCCUCCCCACGAAGUUACGACGGUCUUAACAACUUCUUCGAUCCAUCAGAAUCUAUCAAUCGCGGAAACAGAUGGAAGUAAUAUCGAGUCGGCGAAUGGAAAAACUCGUAACCGGGAAGAUGGAUCGCAUGAAAACGUCAGCGAUAAGGACGUGGAGAAAAGCAAUGUGUCACGUAACGAAAGCGACACGACACGCGCGAAUUCGAGCAAAUCGACCGACGAGGAUUCGAACAGAAAGCCGAGGUACGAAGAUGCCGAAAGCUCCGGGAAAAGCACCAGCGCGAAGGUCAUCCCCGAGGACGCUCUCAGACUCUCCAGCACGAACGAACUGACUGUGGAGACCACAAAACUGGCUUUCAACGACUCGAAACAGGACGGCAAGAAGAACACCACACUUCAGGAAUUUUUCAACCACGAAGGAACAACCGUCUCUCCAAGUGUGGAAGACAAAGUCGAGAAAUUAAAGGCGAAUCUUGUAAAUUCCCCGGAAUCCAAGCAUGGAGAUGAGCAAUCCUCUACCAGGUACGAGGAGAAAAAAAAUAUAACUGCGGCAAAUAAGACAGAAGCAACGACUGUCAAAUCUAUCGGAGGAGAUCUCUCCUCGACGUAUUCAAAAUUGAUAGCCGAAGACAAAUUCGACGAAAAGAAGGACAAAGCUGUAAAGUCUGACAAGGACAUUGUCUCGAAGAGCGAGUCGAGGAAGAACAAAGAUGUAAUUUCUGUUGAUUUGAAGGAGGACCUAGAAAAUGAUCGAGAAUUGACUACGGCGAGCGAAAUUCAGCGGGAAAAUUCUUCGGGGUCCAAAAAGAAUGGGAACGAUUUCGGGACGACGGCGUCCGAAGCACUCGAUCUGGAAAAAAUCGACGAAAAGGGAGUCGAAGGAGGUAUUUCGCUAAUUAACGACACGUACGUGAAUUACAAUCAUGUUUACCGCACCUUAUCGCAAAAGGAUCCCAAGGCUAGCUCGGGUAAUCACUCGAUCGACUCUCGUGACUCGCGCGGGAAAAAUGACCCGAAAGAAGAGGUAGAGGUCGUUAAGAACGUGAGCCAUCAACCGACAUUGAGGAUCGUAUCUAGUACGAACGAGACCGCAAAAAACGAUUCCCACUUUAAUGAAUUGGACAACCAGGACGCGGCUGUUUACGCCGAGAAAAAAGAAGAGAGCGAACAAAACUCCUUCGCCAUCAACGCGACCGUCGAGAGUACGGAUGGUACGGAAGAGCGGAAAUCGAUAGGAAAACCCGAGAGUCAGGUGAAAUUGGUUGAAACAACGACUCAGAGCAUGCGACUCGAAGGACACGCUUCGUUCAUCGGCGAAGCCACUCCUAGUCCCGUUCCGCAAGGUCGAACCAUCGGUUUUUCCCGAGUUAACGAGUUCCCGAACAUCGAAAUGAAAUCCACGCCGCCGAUCAAAAUUGACGGAAGAGUCGAAACGUCGUCAGCGGUCACUCCGAGUUUGCGGAACAGCACGGAAAGAAUGAAUCAGAAACCUUAUCCCUAUCUGAAGUCCAGCAAGGAAUUGUUGCAGAUGACGACAGAGGCCGGUUCGAAAUUGGAGAACGAAGGCGUUACCGAGGAAACUUACGAAAACACGAUCGGAAGAGGCGAAUUCGAGAAGAAGUUUGUCGUCACGGAACCUUCGGUUGUGAUCGAAAACAGCAUUCAACAGCAGAAACUGGAUAAGAAAAAUAUCGACAAGUCUACAAAUUCCACGACGGAAACUCCCGCUUCUCUAAUAGCUGCGACGGCGAUUCCGACUGUUUCAGUUGUUGCUGGACCAACGAAUGGAACUUUUCCGGAGAGAUUUAACAGCAGCACAAAUAAGGCCGCGAGAGGCUCAAACGACAAUGACGUGUCAGGUGCAAAAGAGACGGAGAAAGCAAGCGCGGUUGGAGGCGAGGGUUACGAUGUGACCGGAAAUGGUAUAACGGAAGUCAGCUCGACUCCGGACAGCAAGGAAGUGAAAUCGCAUUCCGGCGAGAAAUCGACGGAAUCGUCAACGUUGCGUUCCACGAAAAUGCCGAAUGCGUCGAGGACGAUUCCGCCGAACCCGGAUAUUCAGAUGGAACCAGAAGAAGCGAUGAUGAUACGCUCGACCCUUGUCGUUACCGAAUCGACGAUGGUUCCUGCGGAGAAAGCGACGGAAGCAAACAUAUCUACGUCUUCGACGUCUUCGGCGUCAACAGUCGAGAUCGGCACAGCUGCGAUCAUUUCCGACAAUUUCACGGAAUCGACCACGAAGGCGAACGUCACUUCCUAUCCCCAGGCUUCCUGGAACAUUAAUCGUACCACGUUAAACCCCGACGAGUCGCGAAUUCCGACAACUACGUCCGUCGAAUUCGAGGUCGUCACUCUCACCGAGACCGUUUCAACGAAUAACACUACCGAGAGAAACAUCGAAGGGCAAACCUUGGAGGCACAAACAAUGUCUUCGAAUGCGACGACGAUACGAAAUCUCGAUUUAUCGGAGAACUCAACGAACGAAGCGAUCACCGCAACGAAAUCCGAGGAGUCCACCGAAUUUCCGACGACCACCGAAGACGGAGCCUCAACGACGGAUCAAGUAUCGAUUAUUCAACGCAACAACGAGACCGUCCAAGCCAGGAAUCCUCCGGUUACUCAGACCUCAGAGGAUCAAAGCAAUCGCACGGAGCUCAAACAUUCCGAAGUUACAGUCGAUACCGCGGAUGCUGGAACCUCCGGCGGUACCGAGACUCCUUCAGGGUCUAAGGAUUCGAGUUUCGACGCGAACGUCACCGAGACGUCCGCUCCAGCCGCGACGCAACUUCCGAAAUCGGGUGUCACCAGCAACGCUACGAAGAGCCCUUCAGCCCCGUUCGCCACAAGUACCACGGAGACGAGAAUUGUCUGGAGUACGCCUAGCUUGGAGCUGCCUGACGAGGAGACCACGGAAAAUAUCCAGGUUCUGUCGGCGGACGAGAUCACGUUGCUGGUGAAAAUUGUCAUCGAGGGAACCCUCCACGAGGUCUGUCCUCGGCUGCAGGACUUGAAGAAGGCGCUCGCGAAUGUCCUCUCAAAGGGCAUGGACAAACACGUAUUGCCGAAGCAAAUCAUCGUUCAUCAAAAUCCUUGCUCCGAGCUGGCAAAUUCGUCCCUAACAACCAUGGACAGUUCCCUAACUUCGCUUCUGGUUUACGUCGUUGACGAGGACAACAAAUUCGACACCGCCAUGACGAAGAUUCUACCAAGUUUAUACAAGGUGUCUGCCAACUUCCCAGUGAGAAUACACAAGUUUCUUCUGGUACCGGAAGCGGACUCCGGAAACGCGAUAGCUGUCGUCGUGGUCUCCUCCGUGGCCUUCAUUUGUCUGGUGCUUUUAGCCGGGCUCCUGUUCUCGGUUCACUGCAUGGCCACAAAGUUAACCGCCACCGCGUUUCGAGAUAUUUUUAUAAUGAGAAAGAGGCAAACGAGGUUCAACUACGGAGAACGUUGUCGACCGGUAUCCUUGGACGCUUACAGCCUCGACAACGUUUCGACUUAUAACAGUGUAAGGCGCAAAAACGCGGUGAGAUCCUCCAAGAGAAGCUAUGGCAACCCGACCUUCGAAGAUUCGAGCGCCAUUCCCUCUCAUCCCCUGAACUUCGCCGGGCUUUCAUCUUUCUGUAACGACGUUAACGCAAUCAACGAGGAGUUCGCGGGUAUACCCCAAGUUUCCGGAAAGAUAGACGAGUUGCCCCCGGGCGCUGAGGUGAAGAAUAGAUACGCGAAUGUGAUACCACUUCCGGAGACGAGGGUGCAGUUGCAGAAGCUGAACAAUGAUGCCUCGACCGAGUACAUCAACGCGAGUUAUGUGCGGGGACCUAAAAACGCUACAAAGUAUUAUAUCGCGUGCCAAGCGCCAAUAGAGUCGACCGUUACCGACUUUUGGCGAAUGAUCUGGGAGCAGCAGUGCAAGGUAAUCAUCAUGCUGACUGAUCUCGUCGAGAACGAAGUGGAAAAAUGUACGGAAUACAUUCCACCGUCUGAGAUAACUGACUGUCACCGGCUUUACGGUGACUUCCAAGUCACCCUAAAGAAACGGGAAACCAAAGAGAAAUACGCUAUCUCUUCGCUUCACUUAAAGAAUCUGGAGAACAAUACGUUCCGAGAGGUAUUCCACAUUUGGUACCUAUGGCCGGUGAGUGGCGUUCAAUCGGACGGCACGGGCCUAAUAGCGGUGCUUCUCGAAGCGAGGGCACUUCAACGUGGCGGCCCCGGACCCAUCGUGGUCCAUUGCAGUCCAGGCACAGGACGCACCGGCACGCUAAUAGCCCUCGACCUGGGGAUUAGACAAUACGAGAUUACGAGGACCGUGGAUGUGCCGAGGGUCGUUUACACCAUCAGGCGAGACCGUGCUGGCGCAGUUCAGACCAAGGAGCAAUAUGCUUUCAUAUACAAGGCACUAAAUCUGUACGCGACGAAACUCGCCGGCGGCGUGUUGGAAUCGACGUGAAGAAUGCGACUUGCGAAACUGGAUUUCCAUUAAAAUGUCUGAUUAUAGCGGAUAAUAUGUGCAUGUGCGAAAUCGAAAGAUUUCAUUUUAUGCAAAAAAAACUCUCGCGCUAGUAAAAAAAAGUGCACGGAUUGACCGCUAACGAAAAUAGGUAUAAAGAUAUGCCAAAUGUUGCCCCUGAUUUAAGGCAUUCCUAAUAUUUCGGAGGCUCUCAAGAAAGAAGAAAAGAGGACUCUGUUAUAUACGCGUAAGCUAUAUAAGACGAAAUAGUGAUCACGAAAUAUAUAAAAUAUAUAAAACAGGGUGGAUGUAUGUAUUUUAUUAGAAUACUGACUGUUAUAUGUGUAGCGACUAAAGCUGGACUUGCGAAGAACGAAAUGUUACCUAAAGUAUAACGAAGUUUGCAAAUUAUUUGUGAUAUGUAUGGGUUACUUGUAAGUUUGUUAAUAUCAGUGUAAUUCGUUUCGCUGCUGAUUAUGACGUUUCUGCAAAAUUUUAGGGAUAUUCAAAGAUAUCACUGUUCCUUAAAAAAAAACAGAUUUUUAUUCGUAUGUGUAAAUUUACGUGAAGCAAAUCUAAACUGUAUUAUAUUUGUGUACCGUGUGACGUUUUAUAAUUAUUUAAAAUCUACUUAUAAAAAUAAAUAAUCUAAAUUGACUGGUGUACGCUCUUAUCAAUGUUUAAGAACAAAAGAAAUCCUUUUUUUCAAAUUCUUUAGGUAACGGCACUAUUUUUUGGAUAUUUCUAAGAUUAUGAUAAAAUUUUACAUCGAUAUUAAUUGCUGUGAAUCGCAAUGUUUCGGGAAUAUCAAAAACCAAAACUGAGCGAAAGAUAUAUAAGUUUUGUUGAAACUUUAAUAUUGAGAUUAAUUAUUAUAUUUCUUAUUUUCUAACGAAGUAAUGAUAUAUAAUGAAUGUAUUGCGAUGAAACGUGUUGAGAGAAAAUUUAAGAAUUUUAGAAUAAUAUAUGAAGCGCGAAAAAUCGUAUAGCAUGAUCAUAUAUCAUAUACAAUAUAAUAUAAUUAUCCUCGAUAACGCAACAAUUAAUGUUUU